CUUAAAGACAUCCAAACGGAGUGUUGGAGGGAGAUUCCUUUCAUAAGAGUGGCGGCGUAUUAGGUGCACAGGAAAAAGAAAAAUUAUAAAAGAGGAGGUUUGCUCGUUGCUGUGAGUGUCGCAGAGGUGUCCAACUGUCGAUAGUUUGAGAGAGUAGGUGUUGAGCAGAUUCCUCCAAGCCCCAUUGCCGGAGAUUUCAACCCAUUAGCUCCCUAAUACCAUUUCCUCUUAAAUUCACCAACCUAUUUCAAUCAAACUCUUAUUAUCACACACCAAUCUUUUCUCUAGAUCACUUUCAAGAUUUACAAGAUGGCAGCAACAUCAGCAGCAACCUUUUCAGUUGGCUCAGCCAUCUCCUUUGGCCCAAAAGUAAGCCAACUUCCACAGUCAAAGCCAUUUGUUGUGAGGUUCAACUCCCUGAACCCACUCACAAACUUCUGUGGUCUCAAGGCAUCAACUCUUGUGAACUGUGAAUCAGAGUCAUCCUUCUUAGGCAAGGAAAGUGUUAUGGCCCUUCAAGGAUCUUUUGCUUCAAAAGCCCACAGAUCAAGCCAGAGACCACAGUAUCACCUAAAUCCCCAGGCAUCUUACAAAGUGGCAAUUCUUGGAGCUGCUGGAGGAAUAGGUCAGCCACUUGCACUUCUAAUCAAGAUGUCUCCAUUAGUUUCAGCCCUGCACCUAUAUGAUAUAGCAAAUGUCAAGGGAGUUGCAGCUGACCUCAGCCACUGUAAUACUCCCUCUCAAGUUCUGGAUUUUACUGGGGCUUCUGAGUUGGCUGAUUCUUUGAAAGGUGUAAAUGUUGUCGUCAUACCUGCUGGAGUUCCUAGAAAGCCUGGUAUGACUCGCGAUGACCUCUUCAACAUCAAUGCCAACAUUGUAAAGACCUUGGUUGAGGCUGUUGCUGAUAAUUGCCCUGAUGCUUUCAUCCACAUUAUUAGCAAUCCAGUCAACUCUACAGUGCCAAUUGCUGCUGAAGUUCUGAAGCAGAAGGGUGUUUAUAAUCCAAAGAAGCUCUUUGGUGUUAGUACACUUGAUGUGGUAAGAGCAAACACAUUUGUUGCUCAGAAGAAGAACCUCAAGCUUAUAGAUGUGGAUGUCCCAGUUGUGGGAGGGCAUGCUGGGAUUACCAUUCUUCCCCUUCUGUCGAAGACAAAACCAUCUGUCAGUUUCAGUGAUGAGGAAGUGCAGGAGCUAACUGUGAGGAUCCAGAAUGCCGGGACGGAAGUUGUGGAAGCAAAAGCUGGUGCUGGGUCUGCUACCUUGUCAAUGGCAUAUGCUGCAGCCAGAUUUGUUGAGACUUCUCUCCGUGCACUUGAUGGAGACGAUGAUGUCUACGAGUGCACAUUUGUGCAGUCAGAUCUUACUGAGCUUCCAUUCUUUGCAUCGAGGGUAAAACUUGGUAGGAAUGGGGUUGAAGCUUUAAUUUCAUCUGACCUCCAAGGGUUGACAGAGUAUGAGCAGAAGGCACUUGAGGCUCUGAAGCCCGAACUGAAAGCCAGCAUUGAGAAGGGAAUUGCAUUUGCUCAGAAGCAACCAGUGGCUGCAUAGAUCACUUUCGUACUCAAAAGCCCCAACUAAAGUGAUGCAAAUCAUAUCGAAGGUUUAGCAAGUCGAUCAUUUUUGCCACAAUUCAUCACUGCAUCAGCACUUCAGUUUUGCCGAAUUUUUCUUUUUUCCCCACGAGUCAAGAAGACUUUUUAUGAGGAGUUAAUCUGGAGCUGUGUUUAUGUAAGUGUUGUAGAUUCGAAAAUUGCAAUCAAUAUCAUCGAGUGCUUGUAAUAUUUGUUUUUCUGAAUAACAUGGCUGGAGCACUAAAGUUCAA